AUGAAAGUCGCAUUUUUACAGGUCGGAAAAACGAGAGAGAUAACGAGAGAGAGAUUCCCAUUUCUUUGCCAUUCAUGAACAGCUCCGAUUUCUGAAUUUCUAUAACCUCUGAUUCGAUCCUGGAAUUGUUUUUCGGAAGGGGUUUUUUGGUGUCAAUUUGAGGGGAAUUGAUUGAGAUUUUCGCCCAAAUUUUGGCGAUUUGGUGAGAUUGAGGGAUUUGUUAUGAAGGCAUGGGUUUGGGAGAGACAGAUCUGUUAGAGGAAGACCAUGGCAACAACGGCGGGAUGUCGUUUGUCACAUCCGUGGUUUCCUGCUCUAUCUGCCUUGAUGCGGUGACCGAUAAUAGGGACCGAUCAACGGCAAAGCUGCAAUGUGGGCACGAAUUUCAUCUUGAUUGUAUUGGUUCGGCAUUCAAUGCCAAGGGACUCAUGCAGUGUCCUAAUUGCCGAAAGAUUGAGAAAGGCCAAUGGCUUUAUGCAAAUGGUUAUCGCUCAUUUCAAGAGUUUAGCAUGGAUGACUGGACACAUGAUGAGGAUCUAUAUGAUCUAAGUUACUCUGAAAUGCCAAUUGGAGUUCACUGGUGCCCAUUUAGUGGACUGACACGAUUUCCAUCGUCAUUUGAGGAAGGGGAAUCACCAUCAACUGCUUAUCAUGAUCUGUUAGGACAUCAUGCCAUCUUUGCUGAACAUGCAGCAGCAGCUGCUUCCUCAGCUGCUCAUUCAUGCCCAUAUGUUGCUUACUUUCAACCACUCCAACCAUCAUCGUCCUCGAAUUCUGCCGAAAGCGUUGCUGAUGGCCCUACUUUCCAUCACCACUGGGGUGCCCUUUCUGGACCCAGUGAUAUCUCGACCUCACAUGCUUUCCCUGCCGCCGAUCUUCAUUAUCAUAGUUGGGAGCAUUCUCCCCCAUUUUCACCAACUGGAAGCCGCUUUAGUGGUGCAGAUCAGACUUCAGUUUCUUCUGCAACAUUGAGGUCCACGAGGGCUGAUUCUGAUGGUUUACCAAGAGUGGGGUCUUUCGUGCAUCCGCUUCUUCUCAGUCAUGGGUCCAGUUCUAGAACUAGUUCAGCGAUCCCCUCAAUGGUCCCAUCGUAUCUUGGCAAUGCUAGGGCCCACUCCCGUGCCCAUGGCGCCCAUGCAUACCAUCAACAUCCCAAUUCGUCAGGCGUACGGGCCCCGAUAUUUUCAGGCGUCAGGAGAUCUGGUGGUCCAAGGGGCUUAACUCCUGCAGGGCCACCCCCCUCCUCAGCAGAACACUCCAGUUUCUAUCUCUUCCCUUCUUCAGGAUCAUCCGGCCGUAAUCUUCAAGAUGCAGACAAUUCUGCAGGAAAUCAUUUCUAUGCAUGGGAGAGAGAUCGCUUUGCACCUUACCCAUUGGUUCCCGUUGACAGAGAGUCAAGCUGGUGGGGUCCAUUCCAUCAGGCUGCUGGUGGAUCAGAUUCUAGCAGUGGAACAGGCUUUUGGCACAGGCAUGGCUCAGAGAGGCCACCAUCACAGGGUCGGACAGAUAACUCUUCUUACCAGUCUGUUCAUCACAUGCGGAUCCAUCGGUUCAUUUGAAGCAUUUUCAUGGACACAGACAGAUUGAACAUAUGAAACGAUAUAUGCUCCGAGUCUGUAAAUUCAAGUAACUUAUAUUCGUCAGGUGGCCUUGAAAACUGGAAUGAUCAUCUAGCAGUCACGUGAUUGACUUCGGCUCAAGGAGAAUAAGAUUGUUCCUCAUAGAAUGGUGAGGCCAAAAAAAAAAAAGAAAUAGAAAAAGAUGAAAGGAAAGCCACUAAGCCGAGUCAGUUGCUAACCGUCUGAUGGGAAUCCAGUUGUUUUCUUCUCUGUUGCAUGCAAUCCUUCUUGCGGAUUUUUGUUGUGAUAAAAAUAAAUUAUAAAACAUGAAACUCAGUCAAGAAAGGUGUGGAUUGACCACAAA